AUGUUCUUCAACAUAAACAUCUUUGAUCUGCACAAUCCAUCUUCUUCAGCGGGAAUCAAAGAUACCGUCUUGGAUAUGAUGGAGGUCUCUGGAAAGCUCAAUUUAGUGGACUGUUUUCCUUUUCUCCGAUUCCUCGAUCCCGAGGGUGUGUCCGGUGAUAUGGCCACGCAUUUGAAGGCCAUGUAUGACUUCUACGAUACAUUCAUACAGAGGAGACUACUUGGAGCUUUCGUUGGCUGCUCACUCCGAUCAUCUGCUAGCAAAUCUCUGGAUCUUCUAAACGCCUUGUCCUCCAUGAACUUGACAUCGCGUCUGACAAUAAUUCCUCUGGUCCCUGGAAUGAACAUCCUAUAUGCCUUUGAAAGACUAGCCAUCAGAAGCCAAAGCGUUGAACGUGACAACUUGGAGAAGGAUUUUCUGGAUGUUCUGCUGGAUUUCAGAAAUGAGGAUUUCACUCUCGUUGGUAUUCGGGCCUUCAUAUCUGAACUGUUUGUAGCUGUCGAAAUCUCUUGUGAGAUCGAGGGAUUUGCGAUCCCUGAACACAGCCAGGUGAUGGUGAACGCGUGGGAUAUUGGGAGGGACGCUUCUGUUUGGAAGAAUGCUUCGCAAUUUAUGCCUGAGAGAUUUCUGGAGACGGAGAAUAGCAAGAUAGAAUACGGAGGGCAACACUUUGAGAUAAUUCCAUUCGGAGCGGGGAGAAGGAUUUGUCCGGGGCUUCCAUUGGCAAGUCGCAUAGUUCAUUUCGUUGUGGCUUCUUUACUUCAUUUGUUUGAAUGGAUACUUCCGGAUGGGGUCAAGUGUGAAGAUUUAGACAUGAGUGACUAG